UUGGUUAUUACAUAUGAUAAUAAAUUUUUGCAUAAUUAAUAUCACGGUCACUCUGAGAGGGAGUGGCAUUGUGAUAGGUUGCAGUGAAACUCAUCUUUCACUUGGUUGGUGUCUGGGCAAGCGUUGAAUUUCCUUCGUUGGGCUACAAAGUAUUGCCAAGAUGACAACAAAGACAACAAAAAUUACUAUCACUAAAAGCACUGUUAAAGUUGUCAAUGCUAGAGAUGAAAAAGAGUUUCCUAGAGCAACUAAAAAGGAUGGGCGCUAUAUAACACCAUGGGAAACAAGCAAGGCACAACCAGGUGGCUGGGAUAACUUCAAGUACGCAUUUGUCCCAAAUAACAGCAGAGUGCCAGCUGAAGAGAAAUUGAACGAGGAGCCAUUGAUGCAGAUUAUGAAUGCAGAUCCAAAUCGCAUUGAGAACCCUCCAGAAAAUGGAAUCAGAGUUACUUGGUUGGGUCAUGCUUCUGUCCUGUAUCAGCUUGACAAUGUUAACAUCCUAACCAACCCAAAUUUUAGCACUAGAGGAAUCAGGUACUAUCACCCUGGAGGAGAUUUCCGCUACAGAAAGCCAGUGUAUGAUGUGCAGCAGUUGCCUAGAAUUGAUGCUGUUUUGAUCAGCAACACCCAUUUUGACCAUCUUGACCUACCCUCAAUUAGGUCACUGAAUGAGAGGUUUGGUGAAAUGCUUCUUUGGUAUGUCCCUGCUGGUCUUCAGCCAUGGAUGAGCAAGGCUGGAUGUGCCAAUGUUGUUGAAUUAGAAUGGUGGCGGGAAGAUGAAGUUGAUUUCAUUGACCAAUCAAAAGUUGAUGAUGAGGAGGAAACAAAAGUCACAAAGGUGAAGUUUGUGUUCUGUCCAUCACAAAAUUUCCAUUCUAGGUCAACUGAUGAUGAUAAUGCAGUUUUGUGGGGUAGUUGGGCUGUGUUGACACCAAGAUACAAGUUAUUCUUUGUUGGAACAUCUGGUUACUGUGAUGUUUUCAAAUCCAUUGGGAGGAAGUAUGGACCAUUUCAUAUGGCAGCAUUACCCAUUGGUGGUUAUGAACCAGACUACAAAUUUGGUUUUGGAGCCUGCACACCUGAAGAAGCUGUCAAAAUCCACCAAGAUUUGUUAGCAAUGUGCUCACUGGCAAUUACCUGGGGAACAUUUAACUUUGCCAACGAGUAUUACCUAGAACCCCCUCAAAGGCUACAAGAAGAGUUGAGAAAAAAUGGCCUAUCAGAUAUGCAGUUCUUCCUUUUAAAACAUGGUGAGUCAAGAUUGAUUGAAAUUAAAGAGGCAGAUGACAAACAAGAUGAAGAUGAGCAGGCUGAGGAGCAUCAUCAUCAUCAUGAACACCAUGCUGAUGAAGACCAACAACAAACAGAAGAAGAUCAAGGACUAAUUGAUUAUCUUGUUGACAAAAUAACUGGAGAAGAAGAGAAAGCUGAAGAUGACCAGUAAAGAUUUGAACGAGGACAGUCAAAUGUAUCUCACCACAACAAUUGGGGUCAUUUAUUUUAUAUGCCAAUUAUUGCUUUAAAUUUUUAUUUGGUAAUAUUCAGUGAAAUUUUGGAAGAAUAAAAGAAUUAUUUGUAAUGGAAAUUAUUUUCAUUGAGCUUUGUGGAACAACCAGCAUGCAUUUUGUACACUUUUUUAGUUUUGUAGUGGGUUAAGAAUGACUAUUGCGUUUAUUUAUAGUAAGUAGGGGUGAAUUACAACUUCCUUUGUUGAUUUUUACUUAUUGCUGCAUUUUUUGUUGUCAAACAUGUAUUUUGGAAGACUGUAGCUGAUAUUGGUUGGAAAGAGGAUAACGUCACACGUGUGUCUGUCAUAAAAUACACUCUUUGUGGAAAUGCAGCCUAUUUUCCCAAAGUUUAGCAAAAUCUUUGACGUACUGUAGAACAGAGCUGUUUCAGAAUGUGAUUUUCAGGAUGUUCCAUAGGUAAUGCUCGUGAAGAGACUUUAAAUGAAAAAACACGCAACAAAAUUCAAGGCUUUGGGUUGCAGCAAAAUAUUAUCUUAAACUUGACAAUAUGUUUGAAACAUAUUGAAAAUCUAUUUGGCAUUUUUGUUAACGUUCAUGUUUGAUACACACAGGCACUGUGUAAGGAAACGUCUUGUCAGUCCCUCUGCCUGUAAACACUUCACUGCGUGGCCCUUGUUUUGCAUUUUUCUUAUUUGUGAAAAUUUGGAUACUGUUGGUCAAAGAAAACCUUAACAUUUUUCCGCUGACUCUCUUGCUGCUAAGAUGUCCUUUUAUCAGCUGCGUUACUCUACUACGAUCAUUUAUCAUUUGCAAUCGCUAAAUCUUUGCUUGAUAUAUCGAUUCUUUUGUGA